AUGUUUGGUGUUCCUGCUAUGGAAUUGAGGGUUGGUGAAAGAUAUAGAUUGGGACGUAAAAUAGGAAGUGGAUCGUUUGGAGAUAUUUAUUUGGGACAAGAUAUAUACUCAAACGAAGAAGUAGCUGUUAAGUUAGAGUGUGGCAAAUCGAAACAUCCUCAACUACAUAUUGAAGCUCGUCUCUAUCGAGUGUUAGCUGGCGGAUAUGGAAUUCCUGAGGUGAAAUGGUGGGGAAUUGAAGGAGAAUAUAAUGUUAUGGUUAUGGAAUUACUCGGUCCAUCAUUAGAAGAUCUUUUUAAUUUUUGUAAACGAAAGUUCACGUUGAAAACCGUUUUACAAUUAGCUGAUCAGAUGAUAACACGCAUUGAGUAUAUUCAUAAUAGAGAUUAUAUUCAUAGAGAUAUAAAGCCGGAUAACUUCUUAAUGGGACUAGGAAAACGUGGAAAUUUAGUUUAUGUUAUUGAUUUCGGGUUAGCGAAGAAGUAUCGUGAUACUCGCACACGCGCACACAUACCAUAUAGAGAAAAUAAGAAUCUAACUGGUACAGCUCGUUAUGCUAGUGUAAAUACUCAUCGAGGUGUUGAGCAAAGUCGAAGAGAUGAUAUUGAGUCAUUAGGUUAUGUAUUGAUGUAUUUCAAUCGAGGAACAUUACCUUGGCAAGGCCUCAAAGCUGCUACCAAAAGACAGAAAUAUGAUAAAAUCUCGGAGAAGAAGAUCUGCACAUCGGUUGAUGAGCUAUGUAAUGGUUAUCCAGGCAACACUGCUUUCAAGAGUUAUUUGAAGUAUUGUCGUGGUCUUGGAUUUGAAGAAGCUCCGGACUAUUUCACUCUCAAACAAAGCUUCCGUCUUCUUUAUGAUAACGAAAGUUAUCGCUAUGACCAUUUAUAUGAUUGGAACUAUCAUAACUUCCGAACUACCAAUUGUCAGCAACCACAAGUGGCUUAUCGUCCUAUGGUGCCUUAUAGAAAUACAAACAUGCCAGCUAUUCGUAAAGAAUAA